AUGAGAUGCAAGUUGAUGCUUGUUGUUGUUCUGGGAGUUCUAGUGCAAACUUCCUCUGCAAGAAAGCUUCUCGAGAAUCCAUUAUUACCUAACUUCAACGGUGGAUUUGACCAAAUUUUAGGAGGUCUUGGUGGUGGUGGUGGUGGUGGCGGCGGCGGCGGUGGUGGCGGCGGCGGAGGAGGUACUAAUGGUGGAUUUGGUUCUGGCUUCGGAUUUGGCGAGGGUCAUGGAUCGGGUGCAAAUAGCGGAUUUGACCAAAUUGUAGGAGGUCUUGUUGGUGGCGGUGGCGGCGGUGGUGGUGGUGGAGGUGGAGGAGGUAGUGAUGGUGGAUUCGGUUCUGGCUUUGGAUAUGGCGGGGGUCAUGGAUCGGGUGCAAAUGGUAGCGGCGGUGGAGGUGGAGGUGGAGGUGGCGGCGGCGGCGGUGGUCAAAAUGGUGGUAGUGGUUUUGGCGGCGGAGCAGGAUGGGGCCAUGGUGGUGUCGGCAAUUGA